AAAGAAUCACAGGAAACGUCUGAUUUUGCUGCCUGUUCGCCCCCUGACCUGGUUUCCAGAGGCACGAGUAGCAGAAAACACCUUAAGAAUGACAAGGAAGAUCUUCACCAACACCAGGGAGAGGUGGAGGCAGCAAAAUGUCAACAGUGCCUUUGCCAAGCUGAGGAAGCUCAUUCCCACCCACCCACCAGACAAAAAACUGAGCAAGAACGAGACGCUCCGCUUGGCCAUGAGAUACAUCAACUUCCUCGUCAAGGUCCUGGGAGAGCCAGGCCUGCAGCAGACAGCAGUGGCAGCUCGGGGCAGCAUCCUGGGGUUCUUCCAGCAAGCCCCACACUUGCAGAGCAUGGAAGAGCUGACACUGAUUGAAAACUGUGGUGUCUCCUGUCCUGGCAUGAGCAGCAAUAUAGUAGAGUGUUGGUCAGAGGCAUCAUCCCCCUAGCAGA